UCAAAAUAAAUGUCUACGUAACGCAAUGUUAUUAUUUUAUUUACAUAUUUCCAGUCUUUUGUGAAUACUUCUUUCUUAUAAAAUUACUUUCUUAAUAUUUUUUUUUUUAUAAAACUUAGUGAUACAUAUAUUUAAAAUAUGGCAUCCUUAGCUAUUAGAGUGAAAAGUAAAAACGGUCAGCAGUUAUUAAAAGACUUGACCUCUGAAAGUACUGUGGGUGAACUAAAAAUGUAUCUUUCUAGUGUAACGAAUGUAAGUUGUGAGAGAAUAAGCGUCUUAUUAGGAUACCCGCCCAAACCUCUAGAUAUUGGUAACGAUGAGAAAAAAUUAAGUGAGAUUGGUUUAAAAUCCGGCGAGACCUUGAUAAUUGAGGAGAAAUCUGUGCCAGCUACUGAAACUUCGACUCAAGCAAUAAAUAAAAAACCAGUUGAAAAUGGAAUAGCGCCACAUGAACCGAAAGAUCCUUGUAGACCCGGAAUUCUAAUGAAGAAAGUAGUUCCUUCAGAUAACUCUUGCCUCUUCACUAGUAUAGGAUUUGUAUUGAAUGGAAAUGUUGAUACAACAGUACAUACCCUCAUGCGCCAGAUAAUAGGAAUGGAAGUAGCUGGUGACCAAGAAACUUAUAAUGAGGCUAUGCUUGGUAAACCUAAUGCUGAAUAUUGUGCUUGGAUCCAACAGCCAAGCUCCUGGGGAGGUGCUAUUGAGGUAGCAAUAUUAUCUAGAUUUUAUGGCAUAGAAAUGGCAGUUGUAGACACCUUAAAUGCAAUUAUCAAUAGGUUUGGAGAGGACAAGAAUUAUGGACAACGAGUGUUUCUACUGUUUGAUGGUGUCCACUAUGACCCAUUGUAUUUAGAACAAUCAGAUGGUGGAAUUCAAACUGUAUUUCCAGCUGAAGAUAUGGAUAUCUACAAAGAAGCUGAACAACUUGCGAAAGAAGCCAAAUCUUCAAGACAGUUUACAGACCUAAAUAAAUUCACUUUAAAGUGUAUGAUUUGUGAGAAGCUCCUAACUGGGCAAGUCGAAGCGCAGAAACAUGCUAAGGAGACAAUGCAUACUAAUUUUGGAGAAGUCUAGCAUACAAGGAGCAAGCCAAGGGGCUUAAUAACAUCACUUACUAAAAUACUAGAUAAAUUCUUUUUGGCUCAUUAUUAGACUACAGCUGUUUGAAAAGUACUUUAAAAAAGCUUCAUUUUGUUUCCGCAUCAAUUUGUUUAUUUUAAUUAUGAUUUAUUUUUACUUGUGACCAUUGAUUAAUUUAAGAAUUAUAUUAUAGUAAAGUUGUUUUAUUUUUUAGCUAAAUAGUUUAAUUUUGAGACUGAAACAAAUGAAUUGAAUGAAGAAUAACUGUAAGUAUCAAUACUAACACAAGUACUGCCAUUAACUUUAUAAAUUCACCAAGUGCUUAUAUAAUAGAACAGUAACUAUUAGAAUAUAUCAUGUUUGUAGGAUCCAUAAAGCUGUGUAACUUUUAUGUAUCUACAGUGUUUAUACAUAGGUUGUCCUAAGGUCUAUAUAUUUUUCUCACUUUGCCUUAUAGUACUUGAUGGACAUAACACAGCUUUAAGGGUUAAACAAAUACUCAUAGGUUUUAAUAAGAAUGAACUCGAACCAAUAGAUAGACUGGGUCAAUUUAAUAGUAUUAGAAAAAUGAGAGAUAAAUGUAUAUGUAAAUUUUAAUAGAAAUCUAACAUUUUAAAUACUUUUCCAUUUUAUUUAAAUCAAUGACUUAUAUUUAGGUUAUGUAAAGCCUGAAACUUUGGUGGAUUUUCUUAAAUUUGCAUGAUCGACACUCAUUAAUAACAUAUGUACUAAAAAUACAUUUUUGAUUCCUUAAUAAAUAAAUUGCUAAAA